AUGAGAUUGAUCUUACUUUUAUUCAUUACUACCGCUGUAACUUCAUUGAAUAUUCUUAUCACUACCACUGAUAGUUGGGUAUCUAAAAACACUAGACUAUUAUAUAGUAGUCUAAAAGCAAACCAUAAUGUUAAAUUAAUAGCUCCUUUAUAUCAAUACAAUUUGGAAAAGAAUAACAUCCCAUUGUUCUCUAACAAACUAGCCAAAGAUGGUGGUGAAUACGGUCAUUUGUUACCUGUACAUCAAACAUAUUUCCACAAUUUGAGAUCUAUUAAUACCAAAAGAGCUAAAGGAGUCAAAUUUGAACAAGAUCAACCAGAAUCAACUACUCAAGGCAUUGUUCAAUCAAGUCAAUUUGGUCAGGAUCCCUUGGAUAAAGACUGCUGGUACGUCGAUUCCAAUCCAUUUAAUAGUUUACAAAUUGGAUUAGAUGUAAUAUUACCUAAUUAUUAUCCCGACUUUAAACCAGAUUUAACCAUAAUUGGACCAAAUGAAGGUUUAAACAAUCAACAAAUGAUCAAUAAAAUGAUACAUUCAACAAUUGCCAAUAAGAAUAUCUCCACAGUAGCUUUUUCUACUGAAGAUGAACAUCAUAUUUAUUAUCAAGAUGAAAACUAUUUCCAUAUUAGUUCAAAUUCAAUUCAUCAAUUAAUGAAACAUAAUGUUUUCACCAAAAAUAUCAAGUUUAUAAAUAAAGAAAUUGGUAGAAUAAUUGAUGAUUUAUCAAACAAAGAUGUAAUUGGUUUGGAUUUCAAAUUUCCUUCAUUUAAUCAUUUUAAUUCACAUUGUGUUACUUCAAAUUCAUUACAAUUAAAAGUCCAAGAAUAUUUUUCAACAUUAAGUAUACCAAAUACCAAAUUCAAUUUUAAAACUGAAAGGGAAGGUCAAACAAUUAAAAUAGUUGACGUUGAAAAUACACAAGGAGAGGCUGGCCCAGAAAUUGUUGAUAUGUUUACUUCUAAUAAACAACAAUUGUUAAAAAGAAUGACUAACUUAGAUGUCGGUAAAGGGUUAAUAAAUUGUAAUCUUAUUGCAAAUGUAUUAUAUGGAGAGACAAACUUUUAG